AUGAAACAAACAAUCGAAGUGUUAUCAUGUGAAAUAUUUUUGAUGAAUUUCAUAGAAUUUACGAAAGAAGAGCUGAAACAAAAUACUAGUACACUCCGUUGGGUCAAACACGUCAACGAUACAAUUUCUAGGAGUUCUAUAAUGGUUAUAAAGAAAACAAAAGAAUUUAAAGAAGUACUGAUGGAGCGUAUCGAACAGUUCAAUAUCGACUUGGACAUCUAUAGAUCUGAGUUGGAUGAAUUUCGGCAAUUGGGGGACAUAAAUGAUAUAAAAAUAUAUGCCGAAAAAUCUCAAAACUUAGAUGAUAAAUUAAAUAAAGCUUUGGAUACAAUUGAUGAAUUCAACAAACAAGAAAAAUACUUUCAGAUGGAGGAAAGUGUAUAUCCACUUCGAAAAUUUGUUKCAGAUUCUUUAGCGCCGUACAAACUGCUCUAUGAUAACUGUUCAGAGUUUAUUGUAAAUCAUGAAAAUUGGAUGAAUGCUACCAUUGGUACAUACGACCCAGAGCAGAUCGAUCAAAAUGUGACCAACUGCUAUCGUAACAUAUCAAAACUCGAAAGAACAUUCAUGAAAAAUCCUGCCCCAUUGGCUAUUGCAAUUAAAGUACGGUCGCUGAUUGAAACAUUUAAAAAAAGAAUCCCRGAAAUAUUAACAUUGGGCAAUUUAGGUCUUAAACGACGUCACUGGGAAGACAUUUCAAAUAUAGUCGGAUUUGUAAUGUUCCCCGAUCAAAAUCUAACGAUGGCAAAAGUUUUAAAUCUCAAUCUCGGUAAAUUUGUACCUCAAUUUGAAAUAAUCAGUGAUGGAGCUUCUAAAGAAAAUAAUUUGGAUAAGAGGCUAAAUAUUAUGGUAGAGGAAUGGAAAGAUUUAAACUUUACCAUAUUAGACUACAAAGAUUCGGGAACAUUUAUUUUAUCAGGAAUUGAUGAUGUACAAUUAUUGCUUGAUGAUCACAUAUUAAAAACAACUGCGAUGAAAUCUUCUCCUUUUGUUAAGCCUUUUGAAAACAAAUUAUUAGAAUGGGAAGCAAAAAUUGUUACUUUGAAUGAAAUAAUAGAGUUAUUGGUCAGAGUUCAAAUUACAUGGAUGUACUUAGAAUCUAUUUUUUCAUCUCCAGAUAUACAAAGACAGAUGCCAGAUGAAUCACAAAAGUUUAAUGCUGUUGAUAAGAUGUGGAGAGACACUAUGAAAGAUAUUAAAAAAUCAAUGAAUAUUUUACAAACUAUUAAUAUAGAAAAUAUCUUACAAAAUUUAAAAAAAAGUUAUAUGCUUUUAAAUUUGGUGCAAAAAGGUUUAAAUAAUUAUCUUGAAACCAAACGACUUUAUUUUCCAAGAUUAUUUUUUUUAUCAAACGACGAACUUCUUGAAAUCAUAUCAGAAACCAAAGACCCAAAGAGAGUACAGCCACAUUUAAAAAAAUGUUUUGAAGGAAUAGCUACACUUGUUUUUACUGAAAAACUGGAUGUUAUAUCUAUGGUAUCUAGUGAAGCAGAGAUCGUAAAUUUAUCAACAACAAUAAAUACAGCAAAAGCUAGAGGUCAAGUUGAGAGAUGGCUAUUAGAUUUGGAACUGUCGAUGAAGAUUACUGUACGUGCAGUAAUCGGAAAGGCUUUGUUAGCUUAUCAGAAUACCGUCAGACAUGAAUGGGUAAUGCAAUGGCCCGGCCAAGCAGUUUUAGCUGUUUCGUGUACAUAUUGGACUGUCGAGAUGACGCAAGCAAUUAAACAUCAUCCUGAUGGUCUUUCGGUAUAUUUGAAUAAAUGUAAUAGGCAGAUCGAUAAAAUUGUGAAAUUGGUUCGAGGUGUGUUGUCAGUUCAAACGCGAUUAACAUUGGGAGCAUUGAUCGUAAUCGACGUCCAUGCUAGAGAUGUUGUUGAUGACUUGUCAAACAAAAAUAUUCGUAAAAUAAAUGACUUUGGAUGGAUUAGCCAAUUGAGAUAUUAUUGGAUGGAAGAGAAUUUAUUUACCUCUAUGAUCAAUUCAUCAUUGAAUUACGGUUACGAAUAUCUAGGUAAUUCGGCAAGAUUAGUUAUUACUCCUCUCACUGACCGUUGUUAUCGAACACUGUUUUGCGCUCUUCAAUUAAAUUUGGGUGGUGCACCUGAAGGACCAGCUGGUACCGGCAAAACAGAAACUACCAAAGACUUGGCAAAAGCGAUAGCUAAACAAUGUGUCGUUUUUAAUUGCUCAGAUAGUAUGGACUACAUUGGUCUUGGAAAAUUUUUCAAAGGUUUAUUGUCAUGUGGUGCAUGGGCAUGUUUUGACGAAUUUAAUCGCAUAGACUUAGAAGUUUUAUCAGUAGUCGCACAACAAAUAUUGACCAUUCAACGAGGUAUACAAGCUGGAUUGACAAAAAUAUUUUUUGAAGGCUCAAAUUUAACAUUAGACAAUACUUGCGCUAUAUUUAUAACUAUGAAUCCUGGUUAUGCUGGGCGUUCAGAGUUACCAGAUAAUUUAAAAGCUUUAUUCCGUUCAGUGGCGAUGAUGGUACCCGACUAUGCUUUAAUAUCUGAAAUAGUAUUGUAUUCUCAAGGGUUUAGCUUAGCUCGAUCGUUGUCGGUAAAAAUUGUAGCAACGUAUAAACUAUGUUCCGAACAGCUUUCGUCACAAAACCAUUAUGAUUAUGGAAUGAGAGCGGUUAAAACUGUACUAACAGCAGCCGGUAAYCUAAAACUGAAAUAUCCCGAAGAAGAUGAAAAUAUUCUCAUGUUGCGUUCUAUCAAUGAYGUUAAUUUACCAAAGUUUCUUAAACACGAUAUCCCGUUGUUUAAAGGAUUAACUUCAGAUUUGUUCCCUGGAAUUAAAUUGCCAACACCAGAUUAUAAAAUUCUAAACGCUGCAAUAGAAGAACACUGUAAAAUAAUGAAUCUACAAUGCACUUCGUUCUUUAUUGAAAAAAUUCAACAAAUAUAUGAAAUGAUGGUUGUUAGACAUGGAUUUAUGAUUGUGGGUUUUCCGUUUAGUGGUAAAACAUCAGCCUAUAAAGUACUCAGUGGUGCAUUGAAAAUUAUUGAAACUAAAAAAUUAAUGAAUGAACACAAAGUCGAAAUAAUGGUAAUAAAUCCAAAGUCUAUAACAUUGGGUCAACUUUAUGGUCAAUUUGAUUUAACAUCACACGAAUGGUCGGACGGAAUUUUGGCUGUUGGAUUCCGCAAAUUUGCUUCUUCAACUAAUCUCGACAGAAAAUGGUUGAUUUUUGAUGGUCCAGUAGAUGCCAUUUGGAUUGAAAGUAUGAAUACUGUAUUGGAUGAUAACAAAAAAUUAUGUUUAAUAUCAGGAGAAAUUAUACAACUUGCAAACACAACUAAUUUGAUCUUCGAACCUAUGGACUUGGAUGUUGCAUCGCCAGCCACGGUAAUCAAGUGUGGUAUGAUUUACAUGGAACCAGUUUCAUUGGGCUGGGAGUGUUUAGUGACUUCGUGGAUAAACCAAUUGUCUCCUUACUUACCACCGAAACAUAAAGAGACAUUACAUAAACAUAUCAUACGAUUCACUCGGUCAAUAUUAUUCAUGUUAAGACGUUGUAAUAUUAACGAAGUUUUUCCUACUAGUGAUAUGAACUUGGUCAGAUCACUAACAAAUAUUUGUGAUACCUAUUUGAACCCAUACAAURACGAAGAACAUUUAAAAACAAUCUCACAGAUUGAUAUGAGAUCACAAAUAGAAUGCAUAUGUUUUUUUGGUUGUAUAUGGUCAAUGGGAGCUGCAUUAGAUACAAAUAGCCGAGUUAAAUUUAACCUCCUGUUUCGAGCAUUGUUAGAAGACAAAUUUCCUAAAAAAGUCGCACGUGCAUUGAACAUACCACUUGAAUUAUGUCCAUCGCCAGAUAAACCAUACACAAAUGUAAUUCCUAAAAGUGGUUUAGUUUUUGACUACAGAUAUGUUCUAAACAAAAAAGGCAAAGGAACAUGGAAACUAUGGACAGAUUAUAUAGAAGAUGAACCACCGAUACCUCAAGACAUUCCAUUCAAUGAAAUUAUAGUUCCGACAAUAGAUACAAUAAGAAACCAAGCACUAAUGUCAUUGUUAUUAGAAAAUAAUAAACCCAUACUCAUGGUAGGCAAAACUGGAACAGGAAAAUCAGCUUACACUAUGAAUUACAUUUUUACAAAAAUCGACAAAGAAUUCAACAGCUCAUCGUGUAUAAAUUUUUCCGCACAGACAUCAUCAAAUAUUACGCAAGACAUAAUAAUGAGCAAACUUGUUAAGAGGAGACGCGGUGUGUUUGGUCCUCCAAUYGGCACUAAGUGCAUAAUAUUUAUCGAUGAUUUGAGUAUGCCACUAAAAGAGUACUAUGGUGCACAGCCACCUGUYGAAUUGUUGCGCCAAUGUAUGGAUAAAUUUCCAUGGUACGACCGUAAAGAAUUAGAGGCCAUACACCUUCAAGACGUUCUUAUACUAUGUGCGAUGGGUCCUCCAUCAUCYGGAAAUACUGUGACUCCUAGGUUUAGUCGUCAUUUUAACAUAAUUGUGACAAACUCAUUCGACGAUAUUACAAUGGUUACAAUUUUUAGUAAAAUUUUAUUCUGGCAUUUAGAAAACAAAGGUUUUGGUAAAAAAUUUGAUUCAUCUGUUGAUCAGUUAAUAAAUUCAACAUUAGAAAUACAUAAAAAGAGCAUAGGAUAUUUGAUGCCAACUCCAGAUAAAUCGCAUUACUUAUUCAAUUUAAGAGAUUUUUCUAAAGUUAUACAGGGCAUUAUGUUUUCUGUUCCUGAAACUAUAACCGAUGUGAUCUCCAUGAAACGUCUUUGGGUACAUGAAAUACUUAGAGUAUACUAUGACCGUUUAGUAGAUGAAUCUGACCGUGCGUGGUUUUUCGAAAAUUUACGUUUUGUCUGUAAAGAAUUUCUGGAYGAAGACCUAAAUCAAAUGUUUAUUCAUCUUAUCACGACGGAAAGCAAAAUAAUAACUCAAAAUGAACUGCGCCAAUUAAUUUAUUGUGAUUUCUCUAAUCCACAUUCUCAAGAUAAAAAUUAUAAGGAAAUUCGUGAUUUAAACAGUCUCCGGUUGACAGUUGAAGAAUUUCUCAGUGAAUUCAAUCAAAUAAGCAAAAAGCCUAUGCAUUUAGUGCUUUUUAGAUUCGCUCUCGAACAUUUAUCCCGGAUUUGUCGUAUCAUGAACCAGCCACGAGGGCAUGCUUUACUUAUUGGUUUAGGAGGAUCGGGUCGCCAGUCAUUAACAAGACUAGCUGCACAUAUUUCACAAUAUGAACUAUUUCAGAUAAAAUUGACUCGCUUAUAUGGAGUAAAUGAAUGGCAUGAGGAUUUAAAACACAUAUUUAGACAAGCUACUCUUGCRUUUAAUCAAAAUGUUAUAUUCUUGUUUACGGAUUCAGAAAUAAAAAAUGAAGGAAUGGUUGAAGAUAUAAACAAUUUACUAAAUUCUGGAGAAGUACCUAAUCUAUUKGUGAUGGACGAAAAACUAGAGAUCUGUGAUAAAAUGCGUGAACUAGAUAAGCAACGAGACAAAACUUUACAAACUGAUGGUAGUUUAACCGAAUUAUUUAAUUUAUUUAUUCAAACGGUAAGAGAUCAACUGCAUGUGUCGUUGGCAUUUAGUCCAAUUGGAAAUGGCCUUAGAACAAGGAUAAGACAAUUUCCAUCACUAGUACAAUGUUGUACUAUUGACUGGUUUCAGACCUGGCCAUCGGAUGCGUUAAUAGCUGUAGCUAAAAAUUUUUUAAGUGACGUUGAACUAACAGAUCACGAACGCAAUGUUAGUAUUAAAAUGUGCCAAAAAUUUCAUACGACAACUAUAAAUCUUUCAGUAGAGUUCAAUGCUAAAUUACAACGUAGAACUUAUGUAACGCCAACUUCUUACUUGGAAAUGAUCAACACUUUUAAAGAUGUUUUAAAUAAAAAACGAUUAAGAAACGAACUGAGKAAAAAAGCAYUACAAAAUACAUCAGACGAGUGCAUAAGAGAAUAUGAAGAACAAAGAACAUUGACAAAUAAAGUGUUAAGGGGAGAAAAACGUCUACAUGAAAAGAAACAAAUAGAAGAAAUAGAAAUCAAUAGAUACAACGCAAAAAUGUUUUUCAAAAUGUCUGGGGAAGYAAAAGUUGGCUUCAAACCACAAACAAGGAUCUUAGUGGACGAUACGGAGACUAUGAUCACAGAAGAAAGACAAGUAMGAGUAAUUAACCAAUUCAAGGAACAUUUUGAAGACCUCCUGAACCGACCCUCAAUAGSGCAUGAUUUAAAUCCAAGCGAAGACUGCCUAACAGCAGAAAUAGAUAUAGACGUUCCUAAAUACGAAGAAAUUGAGACUCUGAUUAAGAGGCUUAGCAACAACAAAGCCCCAGGAGAAAACAACAUAGUAGCGGAAUUACUUAAAAAAGGUGGUACAAUGUUGAACACUGAGACAAUCCCAAAAGAAUGGAAAACUGCAAUUAUAUGCCCAAUAUUUAAAAAAGGCAACCCCACUAAAACUGAGAACUAUAGAGGAAUUUCGCUACUGGACACAUGCUAUAAAAUUYUGACAACACUGAUAUUAGAAAGGUUAAACCCGUAUGUUGAAGAAAUAGUUGGGAAUUACCAAUGCGGGUUUAGGAGAGGRAAAUCCACAACAGACCAUGUUUUCGCCCUAAGAYAGAUAAUGUCAAAAUACUACGAAUUUGGAAAGGACCUGCAUCUAGUCUUUGUGGAUUACAAGCAGGCGUAUGAUAGUGUAGACAGAGAAGAGCUUUGGAAAGCAUUGGUAAUUUUAGGAAUACUCAAAAAAUAUGUGAAUGUAAUAAAAGCAUGUUACGAAAAAACACUAUGCAAAGUGUGUUUUGUACAAGGCAUCUCAGAUCUUUUUGAAGUUAAAUCUGACCUUAAACAAGGGGACGCGUUGUCACAUGCACUAUUUAACUUGGCGGUCGAAAAAAUAAUUAGAGACACAAUUGAUGACAGAAGGAUGGGGAUAAGCAAUGAACAAGUUAUGUUAGCCUACGCAGAUGACAUUGUGCUGAUGGGUGAAACCAAAGAGGAAAUCAUCAACUCAACAUCUAAACUCAUAAAUGCAAGUAAAGGAAUAGGAUUACAUAUAUGCGAAAGCUUCACUAGUGAGCACACUCAUCCCGAGUUUAGACUUUGGUUGACGUCAUAUCCCGUCGAGUAUUUUCCUGUAUCUGUUUUACAAAAUAGUAUAAAAAUUACAAAUGAACCACCAAAAGGGCUUCGAGCCAACCUUUACAGAUCGUUUACAAGUGACCCGAUUGUGAACGAAGAAUUCUUCGAGGGCUGUAAACAAGGCAAUAACUUCAAGAAGAUGCUUUUCGGUCUGUGCUUCUUCCAUGCUCUAAUACAAGAGCGGCGUCAUUUCGGUCCAAUCGGAUGGAAUCGGCCAUACGAAUUCAACGAGACUGACCUUAGAAUUAGCGUCGUUCAGUUACAAAACUUCCUUAACGAAUAUUCAAAGAUUCAAUUUGAAGCUUUGCGUUAUUUGACUGGUGAAUGCAACUACGGUGGCCGAGUAACCGACGACUGGGACCGGAGAUGUUUAGUUACGUUUCUAAACAAGUUCUAUACGCCAGAGAUUGUCAAAUACAAAAAUUAUAAAUUUGAUAAAUCYGGUACUUACUAUUGCCCAAAUUUGAAAAAAUACGAUCAUUUUGUGGAUUACAUUCAAGAACUACCUUCAAUCACUCGACCUAGUAUAUUUGGUAUGAAUGAAAACGCAGAUCUCAUUAAGGAACAACAAGAAACUGAUAUGUUUCUUACUUCUGUUAUCAGUACACAGAAUAUGGAAAGUUCAAAAGAAGGGAAAGGAGUAUCGUCAGAAGAACUUAUCAUAAUAUUUGCUGUAGAUGUUUUAAAUAAACUUCCGAUUCCUUUUGAUACAAUUCUUGCAUUAGAAAAAUACCCCACUACCUACAAUCAGUCUAUGAACACAGUUUUAGUUCAAGAAAUGGGACGGUUCAAUAACCUUUUGAACGCAAUAAGUUCAAGUCUAAUUAAUGUUCAAAAAGCUAUCAAAGGUCUAAUAUUGAUAUCUAAUGAAUUGGAAGAACUAUGUCAAAGUAUCAUAAAUGGAAAAAUUCCGACAGCCUGGGCAAGAAAUUCCUAUCCAUCWUUAAAACCAUUGGGGAGUUAUGUGAAAGAUUUCUUACAGAGAAUGGCGUUUUUGCAAAAAUGGUACGAUAAUGAUGCUCCGAAAUUGUUCUGGUUAUCCGGAUUUUAUUUCACGCAAGCUUUUUUGACUGGAACACAACAGAAUUUUGCCAGAAAGUAUAAGAUACCAAUUGAUUUACUAACAUUUGAUUAUAAAAUAUUGAAAAAAUCCACAGCGACAGACGUCGAGCCCGUUGACGGCGUUUACGUAUAUGGUCUGUACUUGGAUGGGGCCCGGUGGAGCGACCGGRAUGGCGUGUUGAAAGAAUCGAAACCGAAACAGCUGUUCUGUACUAUGCCGUUGAUCCACUUGCUGCCGGCGAUGAGGUCAACAGCGCAACCCGUCGCAAUAUAUCUGUGUCCGAUGUACAAGACGGCGGAGCGGAAGGGCACGCUGUCCACCACCGGACAUUCGACCAACUUUGUGAUCGCAGUGUCCGUACCCAUCGACAGAUCACCUGACCACUGGAYCAUGAGGGGYGUUGCUUUCCUCUGUCAGUUGUCCCAGUAA